UAUUAUGUCUAAUGUUGUCAAUAUUAUGGAACAAAAUUCUGUCAAUAAGAUUCCUUUAUGGCUGGAAGAACUGACCAAGAGCCUAGCCAAGCCAAGACCACAGUCCUGGCGUCCUGGAGCCAAUGGGGAGAGGAUUGAUGUUUCGGAACGUCGAGCCAUUACUACUCCUGGCCGAGUAGAUGUUACACCAGUGAAGAAGUCACUUCUCACACUUCAACUAGAUGAUACUGUCUGUGUCUCGCCUAGAAGGGAAGGGUCAGCUAGGUAUGGCCGCAGAGCUGCGGCCAAUUCCCCACUGUCUUCUCCCGACUCUGACGCUAGAAACCUAUUGGAUUCAUGGGAUCUUCCACUUACACAAAAUCAUAAUCGAGACAACAAUCAUCAACUAACAACUCCAAGAAUUGAACACAACCGCGUUAUAAACCCAGAUGACAUUAGUUCCAACAACAUCCAGUUCAACAACCAAGAGACAGACUUGUCUGAUAUCAUCCAGGCAAGUCCAAGGUUAAAAGGCAGGCUCUCCCGGCAAGAGUCAAGGGUGAGACAUAGCGAUGAUGUGCUCGAAGAGUCUUGGAGUUCAUUGAGCUUCUUCAACCAUAAACAUCGUGGGAGAAUCUCCCAGAGGCCAGAAGUUGCAGAAGACUUGUUGAUCCAAGGUGAGCUCUCUGAGGUACACCCGGACAGAAGUCCCGUAGUAAUACCCAAAGUGUCUUUUCCACCUCCGGCCAGCUUUGUGAUUCCGGAGCUUCCCUCAGGCACCAGACUUGAGCUGGACAUAACCUCUACAUGGGGCGACAGACAUUACGUUGGACUCAACGGACUGGAGAUGUUUACUGUGAGCGGUCGGUUGGCACGAGUAGCUCAGAUAACAGCAGAUCCGGCAGACAUCAACGUGCUGCCCGAGUACGAUAAAGACCCUCGUGUUGUGUCCAACCUGCUUGACCGGGUAAAUAGGACGAGAGACGACAUGCACUUGUGGCUCACUCCGUUCACUGAAGGCAAACACCACCGCAUCACCAUCACCUUCCAGCAACGCGAGACACUGGCCAUGCUGCGGAUCUGGAACUACAACAAAUCGCGCAUCCACUCAUAUCGUGGUGCCAAGGACAUGACAGUCGUACUAGACGGUCAGCUUAUAUUUCAAGGAGAAGUUGCUCGGGCAUGCGGCGGAAUCCUUGGGAGCACUGAUGCAUUUGGAGAUACAAUCUUGUUCACAACGGAUGAAGACAUCUUGGAGCGGGUGUCUCAGCAUGAUGAUGCGUUUGAGAGCAUCUUGAAUGACACGAGUCACGAGCCGAUGUUUUCAAAGAUGCCAGAACGGCCUCUUACAGCCAGUCUGGGUGAUGUACGGCCCCUCACCUGUGCUCCGGCCGGAAGUACGCUGACUACGGGAUCAGUGAUGUGUCGGAGGUCGCUCACACUCUCAUUGGUAGAAAACUGGGGUUACAACGGCCUUGUGGGCCUGACUGGUGUACAGGUCCUAGGAGAGACUGGAGAACCAGUGAGUGUUGCCAAAAUAACAUGUUCUCACAGCCCUGCCAACGCACAUAUACACAGGCUGCUAGACGGAGUUAACGACACGACAGACUCGUCCCACAUGUGGUCUUGCCCCUCCACCCCUCCCCCCUCGCUACGGCUCUCUCUCCCUUCGCCCCUCCACAUCUGCGCCAUCCUGGUGUGGAACUACAACCAUUCGGCUGAUACGUCCUACUGCGGUGUGAAGAGACUAUUGGUCCGCCUUGACAACUCUGAGCCGUUGAUGUUCACACUUCGUAAGUCUCCGGGUCAUCGCCAUCACAGACUAGCACAGGUCCUACCUCUUGUGGCGUCUAGGUGUGAGUCCUCUCUCGACAUCAUCGAUAAUCUUGAGUUGUCACCUAGAGUAGGUCUGACACUGGACUAUGAGCCCCCAGAGUUUCCACAGGGCUUUGUGUUCCAACUACAGUUGUUGUCUAAAACCUGGAGAGAUCUCUACUACAUUGGUCUCAAUGGUCUACAGAUGUAUAAUGCUGUAUAUGUCUACAUAGGUCUGACACUGGACUAUGAGCCCCCAGAGUUGCCACAGGGCUUUGUGUUCCAACUACAGUUGUUGUCUACCUGGAAAGAUCUCUACUACAUUGGUCUCAAUGGUCUACAGAUGUAUAAUGCUGUAUAUGUCUACAUAGGUCUGACACUGGACUAUGAGCCCCCAGAGUUGCCACAGGGCUUUGUGUUCCAACUACAGUUGUUGUCUACCUGGGGAGAUCUCUACUACAUUGGUCUCAAUGGUCUACAGAUGUAUAAUGCUGUAUAUGUCUACAUAGGUCUGACACUGGACUAUGAGCCCCCAGAGUUGCCACAGGGCUUUGUGUUCCAACUACAGUUGUUGUCUACCUGGGGAGAUCUCUACUACAUUGGUCUCAAUGGUCUACAGAUGUAUAAUGCUGUAUAUGUCUACAGUCUGACACUGGACUAUGAGCUCCCAGAGUUGCCACAGGGCUUUGUGUUCCAACUACAGUUGUUGUCUACCUGGAAAGAUCUCUACUACAUUGGUCUCAAUGGUCUACAGAUGUAUAAUGCUGUAUAUGUCUACAUAGGUCUGACACUGGACUAUGAGCCCCCAGAGUUGCCACAGGGCUUUGUGUUCCAACUACAGUUGUUGUCUACCUGGGGAGAUCUCUACUACAUUGGUCUCAAUGGUCUACAGAUGUAUAAUGCUGCUGGCAAUGUCAUCACUCUCACGCCUUCUAAUAUCAGUGCUCAUCCGGCAAGUGUGAGAGAGUUGGAUGGAAUGGAGAACGACGUGAGGACGGUUGAUAAACUGAUCGAUGGUGUCAACAACUCCAGCGACGGCAGACAUGCUUGGCUCGCACCCAUACUGCCUGGACAGCUGAACAGAGUGUACAUUGUGUUUGACAGUCCUGUAGCAGUGUCUGUCAUCAAAAUUUGGAACUACACUAAGACGCCAUCUCGUGGAGUCAAGGAGUUUGGGAUCCUGGUAGAUGAUUUGCUAAUUUACAACGGAGUCUUGGAAACUAUUGUUGGAAGUGUCUCAAAUGUUCACACAGUCAGUUUUACCCAUCGACAUGUAAACUACAGCUUGAGCGGUGGAAAGGAGCAAGACCGAUUGUCAAGUAUCACACCUGACCAAUCUCAACGUCCAUUUACCUCCAUCCAAACGUGACAUGGUCGUAAUCCCUGUAACAGUUAUGAUUAUUAUGAAGUUUCCCAUAAAAUUGUGGAAACUUGUAAUGUCUACUCUAUAAAAUGUGAAAUAUAUUGUACCAGAGUACUAAGACAACUAGACUGCGCAUGUAUCAAUAACUAUCGGAUAGUAUAUAUUAUGUUUCGUAUCCUUUCUUGUCAAAGUAUUUAGUGUUAAAUAUGGAAUCUGAUUCAUUUGUUGAUCAAUAUUCCUCAAUAACAAAUUAGUUGGCUGUAAUAUGUUCUCCUAAAUAAAUAUAUAUUUAGUUUAAUUUGAAUGGUUUCAGGAAUAUGUAUUGUAAGUUUUAAGUACAAAAGUAUAGUAAAUGUUUAAAAUAUUUAUUUGUAGAUAGGCCUAGUAUAUAUUUUCUUGCCGUAUUUUAAUAAUCAUCAGUUUGCCACAAGUACACUCUAA